GACCCGAGGGCGCGUUCGGGAUUGCGGACCCCUGCCGGGGCGGGGCUUCGAGGUGCUGACCCCGGACGGGCAGGGUGUCCUCGGCUGCCGCUGGCGCGGGUGAAGACCGACCUCCCCCCGCGACCCCUGCGCUCUGCCCUCCCCCAUCCGACUCUUUCUGCGUGCGGCCGGAGCCCCAGCGCCACGCGCCUUCGCCGAGAAACUUCUCGGAGGCUUGUUUCAUGGUUUUGGAUUUGCUACUGUCCCGACACGUUUUCGUCGAGCCCAAAGAGAGCCCGUUUCCAGGACGGCGAGGUGGUGCGGAUUGGAAACCCUGGGUCCCCAUCACUGCCAGCGAGCUCGCCUGGUGCUCCGGGGACCCCAGGACUCUGCCUCUUCGCGAUCAGCUCGUUCUCGGCCUGAUGGGUUUCCCUCUUUCCUUCUGCGAUGCUCUCCUGCUAGACUUCAGUCCUGGGUUGCACCCACAGGUUGAAGUCAGGCUGGGCUUCCUCUCCAUAGGGACAGGUGUGACCUCACGGUGUAGUUGCUGGGAUUUUUCUGUGAAGCUACCAGAUCUCUUUCUCUCUAACUGUCCCCAUUCACGGAAUGGCGAGACGCGGAACUUGGGCACAGAAGGAAGCGCCACUCCUCCCCUUUGAAUUCCUGCAUGCUGCCCCCACAAGCGACAGAGAAGAGCUCCUAUUUGCAGACCUCGGAGAUCUCACUCUGGACCGUGGUGGCUGCCAUCCAGGCCGUGGAGAAGAAGAUGGAGUCCCAGGCCGCCCGGCUGCAGAGCUUGGAGGGGCGAACGGGGACAGCCGAGAAGAAGCUGGCCGACUGCGAGAAGACGGCCGUGGAGUUCGGGAACCAGCUGGAGGGCAAGUGGGCCGUGCUGGGCACCCUGCUGCAGGAGUACGGGCUGCUGCAGAGGCGGCUGGAGAACAUGGAGAACCUGCUGCGGAACAGGAACUUCUGGGUCCUGCGGCUGCCCCCGGGCAGCAAGGGGGAGGCCCCCAAGGUGUCCAGGUCCCUUGAAAAUGAUGGAGUCUGUUUUUCAGAGCAGGAGUGGGAGAAUCUGGAGGACUGGCAGAAGGAGCUGUACACAAACGUGAUGAAGAGCAACUGUGAGACUCUGGUCUCUCUGACAAAUGACCCAUACUCUCUCCUGGGCUCACACGGUGCUGUUUCCAACCCAGAGGUGCUUGGCCAGCCAGAAGGAGACUCGGAGUUGGGUACAGAGAUGCUGGGUGACUUGGAGGAGGAAGGCCCUGGUCAGGUCCACCCAGCAGGAGCAGCUAUGAUCAAGCAGGAGAUACAGCACGCGCAGGAAAGCCCUGUGGAUCUUGCUGGAGAGUUCUCAGACAUUGCUGAAGAGCACGCUCUCCUGAGCCCAGAGCCGGCUGGGCUCUGGGAUGGUCAGGGCGCUUCUGUCCUCUUGGAAUCAGGUCCUAAGGACGCUAAUCCAGAAGGGCCCAUUGAGGGAAGUAGAGAUCCCAGUGGUGGCAGAACCCUGGGCUGCCCCCUGAAGCAGAAGUCGAAUAGGCAGCUGCACCUGGGUCAGGAGUGUGGGCAGGGCUUGAAGCUGAAAGGGGACACUUCUGGGCCCUACAGAUGUUCUGAGUGUGAGAUCGACUUCCGCUGUAAGCAGCAGCUGGCCACACAUCUGCGGACCCACUCGGGGUGGGAGUCUUACCCAGCCUCGGAGCCAGAGAAGAGUGUUCGGCCCAGGCCCCGGCUGAAGCCCCCGUCCAGGAAGGCGAAGCUGCAUCAGUGUGACGUGUGCAUGAGGACGUUCAGCUGCAGGGUGAGCCUGGUGACUCACCAGCGCUGCCACUUGCAGGAGGGGCCCAGUGCUGGGCACUGUGUCCAGGAGCGGUUCUCACCCAACAGCCUGGUCGCCUUGCCUGGCCACAUCCCUUGGAGGAAAAGCCGGAGUUCCCUCAUCUGUGGUUACUGUGGCAAGAGCUUCAGCCACCCGUCUGAUCUCGUGCGGCACCAGCGCAUCCACACGGGCGAGCGGCCCUACAGUUGCAGCGAGUGUGAGAAGAGCUUUGUCCAGAAGCAGCACCUCCUGCAGCACCAGAAGAUCCACCAGCGGGAGCGCGGCAGGCCGGCCCUGGAGCCUGGAAGGCCCAAUGGCCUGCUUUAAGGGUGCCAGCCCCUCGCCCGUCUGGGGGGGGCAGAGGGGAGUGGCACUGGUCCCCCUAAAGAGACACUGCAGAGUCAGGGACUGACUUCUUCCUGAGGGGAGUUGCUUUGAUUUGCUUUCCCUUGACCAGGCACCAGGCCCAGCAGCGCUCCUGAAGACUGGGGAAGAGGAGGCGUCUGGGGCCAGGCCUCUCCUGCUGUCUUUACUCUGCUGCCAAGUUUGCCGUCUCCUUGGCACCUUUGAGUCUGGUUUUCCCAUCUGAGCAGAUAGUCACGGUUGGGGUUGGCUCUCUGACCCCGUGGGCCCUGGUGUCUGGUUCUGGGGCCUGUCCCAGCAUUCAGGUCUUCACAGGGGUUGAGUUGGGCCCAAGGAGUGAGCAGAUGUGUAGAAGGGCUCUGGGAAGCAGCCCCUCUGUUUCCUCUUUUGUAGUCUCUUUGUUAAUAACAAGUAGAAGAAAUAAUUUAAAUGAACUGAU